AUGAAUCGACCUAAUCGACCUCGCAACCGUCAGCCUCGCCCACCACGCCAGCAGCAGAACAACCAGCGGGGCGGCUCAUCAAGACCAUCUCGUGCGCCAGCAACACCGCAACAAGCAUCAGGCACAGUCCCAACAGUGCAACAAGUUAUCCCAGGAGCAUCAGUUUUCAUCAUCCUGAAGGAGGAUCAACCCACAGGAGAAGAGACAAAGGGAAUAGUUCAAGAUCUUCUCACACGAGGCAAUCAUCCACGAGGAAUCAAAGUACGACUACGAGAUGGUCAAGUAGGCAGGGUGCAAAGAAUGGGCGAUUCUUCUGGUGUUCCCUCUGCAUCGUCAGAUGAGCCGAGGGCGCAAACAGCACCCUCAAGUUCAAGAUUUACAAUGCGAUAUACGGAUGUGAGGCUGGAUGAUGAGUUUGCUACAGGACCGCCACCAAGGAGUUUGGCAGAUUUCAUACCAGACUUCGAUGACAAUUCAUCAAGUACGCCAACUGCUGGUGUUGAAACGGUGAAAUGCCCUUUUUGCGAUGCCUUUGAAGGCGAUGAGGCUGCUGUUACACAUCACAUUGACCGGGAACAUUUGUCAUAG